AUGACUGAUGCCAAAGACGGCGUUUCACUGUUCGAUCACGCGUCUGGCACUUCCGUUGCUCCUGCUGGCACUGCUGCCACUCUUGACCGCUCACAGUGGCAGACUCGUGAUGCUGCUACGCGCCUCGCUAUUCGCAACCACAAGCCGAUCACUGAGCGCGCGCAUUUUAGUCAGCACAAGACUGCUAAGGCACUGUACGACGCUGUAGUUGCCCGCUACUCUUCCCCAGCCACUGCAGCCAUAGGUCGCCUCAUCCUGCCCUACCUGUUCCCUGACCUGUCCUCGUUUCACACUGCUGAGGACCUCAUCUCUCACCUUCGCGCUAGUGACGUUCGCUGUCGUGCCGCUCUUACAACCGAUUUCCUUGCCAAGAAUUCCCCUCCGAUGACUGCUCGUGGCACUCCACGGACUCCCCUCUUUGAGGGGUGCUCCCCCUCCCCUCUUGCCCCCUCCUACGCCUCUGCUGCUGCUGCCGUCGAUUUCCUUGGCGCUGAGCAGGUAGCAGCUGCUUCCGCUCCUAGUGGGAAGCGUCGCAACACCAGGGGCGGCAAGGGCGGCAGGGGUGGUGGAAGUGGCGGUGGAGGAGGCGGUGGUGGGGGCGGCGGUGGAGGUGGAGGUGGUGGGGGUGGUCGUGGGGGUGGAGGUGGUGGGUGGAGUGGUGGUGGUACCGGGAGCAGUGGCGGUGGCAGCGGCGGUAGUGGGGGAGGAGGGAGCGGUGGUGGAGGCGGUGGUGGUGGAGGCGGUGGAGGGGGCCCUGAUGGUGGCUAG